UUUAUUGUAUCACAAAGUUUUUUCUGAGACAAGUUUGCUCUCUUGAAGACAGUGAAAGUUCCUUCUAUAUUUCCUGAAUUCUGACCCAUGAACUACUCUUUUUUCUAUAGUGAUUGGAGGAGAAUUUUCCAAUCUUGGCUCUUUCCUUGUCGUUUCAUUCAUUUGUCAGUGACCCCCCGCCUCCACCAAGUUUAUAUAUGCUGUUGAGGGAAUUAAGUUAAUCAACUGCUAAAAUCCCCCACAAACCACCAGGAAACAACUAUCAGGCCUUCCUGGCAUGAGUGUUCGGAAUUAACAGGCCAUGAAAAAGUACUGACCCUGACGAUGGCUUACCUUGCUUCCUGUUGGCUUCUCAUCGAAUCUAUUGUCAUCCCUGAUGGAUAUUUUCUGAAGUGGUUUUAUUUGAGCUUCUAUAUCCAUCCUGCUUUUCUUUUUGCUUGCCAGAUUUUUCUAUGGCUUAAAUUGCUGACAAGAUGUAUUUUAGUUGUAUUCAUUUAUCCUUUUAGAAUCAUUUCUUUUGUGUGUUCUUAUGUUUAUAGAUUUUGUAGAAAUUGUAUCAUCUAUAUCUUCUCCUUUUUUAGAGUUACCAACUUGCAAGUAGUUGAAGAGGUUGGUUCCAACUUAGAAGUGGUAAAAUUUUCAGUUGGUAGUCAAUAUCAGCUUGUUAGCUUAGGUAUUUCUUCCAGCAUACUACCUUCAAUUCCAUGCAAGACUGAAGUGGUUGGACUUCAGAGGGAUGAAUUGGAAGAUGCUAAUGGUUGUGAAGAUAAUGAAAUUCUUCCUGGAAGAGAGAACUCACAUAAGGAAGACUGGAGCUUUUGUCUUCACAAAGACUUGAACUCGGACGAGUAUUCAUCGUCCUUUUGUAUCUCUUCUCCAUCCAUUGAUGAAGCAUACUUGAAUGAAUAUUCACCACUGUUUAGUUCCUUCAGCUCACCAUUCAUGAAAGAAUAUUCAUUACCACCAGCAGCUUGCAGCUCUGGUUCUCCAGUUUCGGAGAGAGAAGUGAUAACCAGAGCAACAGAUGAGGUUGAAUCAGAAGAAUUCUACAAGAAAUACUCUGAAAGAAUGGGAUGGUUCGAUGUGCUAAACCAUGACAGGACCUGUGGAAUAAGUGCAAUCUUGAAUAAGGAAGAGGGAAUACCAAGCUCACUGGAGAGCAUCAAGGCGAAGGAUUUCUCAAUCCCCUACAUAUCAUGGAGCAAAAUAGAUAAGAAAAUGCUCUUAAGAAGUAUAAAAAGUGAUUUUGAGCUGGUCUAUGUGGCUCAAUCAUGCUUAACCUGGGAGGCCCUCCACCAUCAAUACAGAAAGGUCAAGUUUCUCACCUUCUCCAACUACUUGUUUUCUGAUGAUGUAGCAGGGGAAUUCCAAAACUUCCAUGUACUGCUAGAAAGAUUUAUGGAAGAUGAAAGGUGUUAUCAGGGAAAGAGAGUUUGGAAUUAUGUUCAAAAAAGAUUUGCUUCCAAGAGUCUUCUUCAAGUUCCAAAACUGUCAGGGUUCCUGGAAGAUGAAAAGGAAAGGAUUAAAGGAGAAACAGUGCAUGCAAAACAUGUGCUGAAGACCAUAGAAGAAUGCAUCCGGGCUUUUGGAAAAUUUGUUGCCACUGACCGGAAAAGGCUUUGGUGGAAAUUUAAAAGUUCAUCAUGGACUUAUCCCCCGGUGGAGGAUCCAAGAGACUUAGAGCUCCUGGCUGACGUCACCAGAAGACUUCAAAAGAAGGAACUAGGGUUGAAAGAAUUGCAAGGGAAGCAAAGGUGCUGGUUUAACAAAGCUGUGAACCCUGUGGAAGAGUCACAGAAAGAGGCAAUACUGUUGACAAUGAUAGAAAUGAAGCUGGUAUCAAGGGUACUGCAAAUGUCAAUUCUAUCCUCUGCUCAACUCAAAUGGUGCCGGGAAAAGCUGGAAAACAUUGAAUUCAAAAGAGGGAGGCUCUUCAGGACUUCGAGUGGCCCUUUAUUUCCAUCUUGUUGAUUUUCAGGCUGAAUGAAAACAAAAAAAAAAAGAAAAAUUCCCAAUUUUAGGGGUUCUCAUUUAAGCUAAAAUCUGGUCCACAUUUAAAAGACAAGCCUGAGCUUUUGUGGAUGCGUUAAUAUGUGUAUAUGUACCAUGUGUAAACAACAAAAGCCAAAAGGGUGUCGUGUAAUAAUUUCAGGUUUUUGUAACAACACCAGGGCCUGUUUUCACGGACACGUUCCCUGCUGGCUUUGAAUGUAAUUGAGCUUCAAUUUGCUUCA